AUGGUGCAGAUGAUGGAGUCGCAGUGCGAGUAUUUCAUGUAUUUUCCGGCGGUGCCCAUCACGGAUCUGUCGGACCCGGCCCGGUACCGCACUCUGCCCCGCCGCAGUCACCUCUACCUGGGCGAGACAGUCCGCUUCCUCCUGGUGCUGCGCUGCAGGGACGGUGGGACGACGCCAACCGAGCACGGCCCCGGUGACAGGGGCGGUGAAGGCACUGCAGCAGGCUUUGGGACGGAGUCGGCCAGUAGCCGGGCGUGGAGGGAGCUGGCCGGCUCUCUGUGCGCCGUGGCCAGCGUGAGUCCAGGUGAGAGUAGCCGCCAUCGAGGCAACCACCACCAGCAUCACCACGACUACCAGAGCAGCGGGGACGAGGCCAACGAGGACGGCGAGGAGGACUACAUUGCAGCAGCGGAAGCAGCCAUUGCGGCGCUCGGCAGCAGAGUGGACUCCCGGUGUCGGAGCUUCAGGGACUGCAAGCCACUGCUCAUCCACAACUCAUCUGGGACGGCGGCGAGGGAGUUCCGCAGGGCGCCUGUUCAGUCUCCUCUGGAUGAGCCGGUGGUUUUGACGGAUGAAGUGAUCUUCCCCCUCACCGUUUCUCUGGACAAACUCCCCGUCAACACGCUAAAAGUCAAGGUGAUGGUCACGGUGUGGAAAAGGGAGGCGGAGAAAGUGGAGGUGCAGGAACUCGGCUACCUGAGCGUCCUGCAGCAACGAGAACCAACACACACCUUCAGACACGACCUGAACACCUUCAAGGCUCAGGUGAGCACCACUCUGACCGUCCUGCCACCUCCCACCGUCCGCUGUAAGCAGAUGACCGUCUCUGGGAGGCACCUCGCCGUCCUCAAAGUGCUGAAUGAGUCUUCUCAGGAGGAGGUGAGUAUUCGGGAUGUUCGGAUUUUACCAAACCUCAACGCCUCCUACCUUCCCAUGAUGCCAGACGGCUCCGUGAUGCUGGUGGACAACGUGUGCCACCAGUCAGGUGAGGUUGGCAUGGCGUCUUUCUGCAGGGUGGACAGCCUGGCCUGUCGCCUUCCCAGCAUGCUCAGCGCUUUGGAGGAGCACGACUUCCUGUUCCAGCUGCACCUCAACGACAUGCCGCAAGAUGACUCCAACGAGGGGCUGGAGGUUCCCCUGGUCGCUGUGCUGCAGUGGUCAACUCCCAAGAUGCCUUUCACCAACUGUAUCUACACCCACUACAGGUUGCCCAGUAUUCGUCUGGACCGGCCGCGGUUCGUCAUGACGGCCAGCUGUCCGAGCACCGUCAGGGUGAAGGAACACUUCAAGGUCAAAUACGUUCUGCUCAACAACCUGCAGGACUUCCUGGCUGUUCGGCUCGUCUGGACUCCGGAGGGUCGCGGUCAGGGCGAGGACACAGCGCUGGCUGCUGUGGUCUGUCACACUCCUCUCAGUAACCUCGGUCACUGUCGGAAAGGCAGCACUCUGUCCUUCAGCGUGGCCUUUCAGAUCCUCAAACCGGGACUGUACGAGCUGAGUCAGCAUAUGAAGCUGAAGCUCCAGUUCACGGCCUCGGUGUCCAACCCUCCACCUGAUGCUCGGCCGCUGUCACGUAAAAACAGCCCGUCCAGCCCGGCGGUUCGAGACCUGCUGGACCGACACCAGGCCAGUCUGGGUCGAUCUCAGUCCUUCUCCCACCAGCAGCCGUCUCGAUCCCACAUCAUGAGGACGGGCAGUGCGAUGGAGCGGCGGGCCAUCACCCCUCCUGUUGGCUCUCCGGUCGGUCGGCCGCUUUACCUGCCGCCGCAGGACAAAACGCUGCUGUCGCUGGACAAGAUCGCCAAGAGGGAGUGUAAAGUCCUGGUGGUGGACCCCGUCAGCUAGAGAGCAAGGACGCAAGGACGCAGAAAAUACUUCUUUUUUUUUUAAACUUGGAAAAUGAAUGUGUGAAAAGGAAAAGUAAGAAACAGAAAGGAGGGGAAUGUGAAGUUGUAACGCUCAUCACACGCAAACAAAAGCCCGGCAGGUAGAUGAAGGACGCAGUGUGACCUGCUGCCUCGACUGCAGGAAAGCAUCCGAACAGGAAGAAAGGGGGAUGAACAAACUGAGUGCACGGAGCGAACAGUCCACGGUUUAAAUGAAAUAUUUAAUGAAAUGUAUUAUCAUCUUUCUGAAUUAUUUAAAGGUACGCUCAAGGUGAGCGAUGUUACAGGAAAACAUUAGUUUCACAUUUAGGGCGGUCGUGUGAUUUGCAGAAAUAAUCACACAGACAAUCACACCUUUUACUGCAGUGUUAUCUGUUCACAGUCAGUAUCAACAGGUUUCAUGUAAUAUAAUGUCAUAUAACAUAUUCACUUCACCACCCGGACUGUUUACAUCAAACACGUUUCUGAAUACUCCAGAAAACCAACUCUGUACUGUUGUUACUUUGGUCCAGACUGAAAUAUCUCAACAAUAUUUGGCUUUAUGGGUUAUCAUUUAUUAUUGAAACUCUGUUUAAUGUUUAAUCACCAAAUACCUGCAAAACUGAUGACGUUCCCAUCGGCCUCAGCUGCACUUUGUGUUUACUGCUAAUUAGCUAAUGUUAGCAUGCUAACACGCUAAACUAGGAUUACAGGCAGCGCCAAUGGUACGAAACACACUUCCUGCCUCCUGAGUGGGCGUGGUCGACUCUCCCCAGUUAAAUAAUAAUACAUUUAAAAGUAUUAUUAAGCAAAGAAACACGAGCUUUAUUUUAGCUUUAACUUUUAAUUCAUGGUUUGACGUAGAAGUCCCUUUAGAUCAGAUUUAGAUUGCUUGUCCGGUGGGAAAGCGACGUCGGCAGCAGAGACCGACGGUUAGAGAGACGAUGUUGUGCAAAACACCGUUUUAGUGUCGGAGUGUUGUGAAGGUGUGUGCCUCGUGAAAAAUGGGUCUGAUAUUUACUUUGGUGACUUUGGGGCGAAAGAAUCGCUCAUAACCUGCGCUCACGUUCACGUCUCCCAUCGCAGUGAACGGACUCAGGCGCUGCCGCUGGUCUCCUGAAGGGGCGGGGCCGUGGUGAAACCCACGUGACGCGGAUACAGGAAAUGGCUCUCAGGUGAGUCAGUCAAAGAAGGUUACCGCGGAUGUGCCUGUUCAGAAUUACUCGUGAUGUGAAAGACAAAACAAUCCUGCUCACACUGACAAGAUGGUUUCGAAUCAUCGGAUAACCCGUAUUUCAUUUGUGAUUAAAAAUGAAAAGUUCUGUUUUGUUUUAAUUCUGCGUUCAUUGAAUAUAUGAAACCUGUUCCAGACAGAAUGUCAUUAUUAAAGUUGUUGUAAAUAAACAUCACAAUAUAAAAUGUAUACGUUAUUUUGAAAUCACAGUGUAAUCCUCUGUAGAGUUCUCUGUUUUUAACUUUAAUAUUGUGUUGUUGAUAAAGUUUAAAAAACUCACUGGCUGUCAAGUUAAAUGCUCACAUGCGUCAUACAAAUCAGAAAUAAGUUCGCACAUGUGCAGAACAGAUCGGCACUGAUGUUUUUUAUAACUUCAGUAAAUUCCUUUUUACAUAAUAGUGAACUAUUAAAUUUCCACUGAUUAAAAACCUUUUUCUGAACUUGAUUUGAAAGAUUUAGUUUUAGUAUUGUGAACAGGCACAUUAACCUUUGGCUGGCAGGACCUAUUUUGAGCAUGUGCAGAAGAGAUCAGGCAGCCAGUAUGGAACAUGUUAGCAUGCUGACACUAGCAUUUAGCUCAGAGCACCGCUGUGCCCAGGUGCAGCCCCACAGCGGUCCGACAGCCUGUUAAUCCGAAAACAAACGGCCUUUGCUCCAAAAAUACGCGCACCUUUCUGCCAGCAAACACGUGGUUGACGUUGUUAAACAGUCGCAGUUUGGUUAGGUUUAGGAAAAGAUCGUGUUUUGGGUUAAAAUAAUAAUAAAGUCAACAUUGACUUUUGUUUUGUCUGUCUGGCCUUAGAUUGACGACAUUUCAAGCGAUUUUUUACUUUCGCAGACAAAUUUCCAAUGUCGAAAUAAAAUCAUGAGAGUUUUACCUCAGUUGGUGCGGGCCCCCGGGCAAAACCCCCGCCGAUUCAGCCCCGUGGACAGAGCCGGCGAGCACGUAUUUCCAGAACAACGGGCGUUUGUUUUCGGGAUAACGAGCUGCCGGACAAAUGGGCUUUCGGUCCAAUAGGACAUUUUUCUGACUAUUGGGGUUUCCGUAUAAUGGGCCAUCACCCCAGCUGCAUAUUUGUUAAUAAGCUACAUAGUUCUCCGCUUCGGGUAACAGUGGCACAUUGCUGUUAAAAGAUAGCUGUUAGCUGCUUGAGCUAAUGUUAGCUUCACAGACUUGACAGGACGAGCCUGGCUUUAAAAAAAAACAACACAAUUUAAAUUCAUCGAAAUGAAUUUUAUUAACUGUAGUUUUCAGCACCGCUGCUGUACUGUUUGUGUUUUCUUCUUAGACAGCCAUGCCUUCAGAUUUUGAGCAAAUGCAAAGAAACACACAAACAAAUAAAACAAAUACACUGAACGGAAGAAUGAAACGUAUUUAAAUGAUGCUGAGAUGUACUGCAGUUUAAAGUUCUGCUCCGUGAGUUUGAAUGAUGAGACGCCUGCUAAACUGGGGCCCGUUUCACUAACGUUUGAACUGUUCGAGUACUGCGGCGCUCUGCCAACCUGCACGCAUUAACGUAGCAGGCACUUACUUAUCAAAGUACGCUGGCACGAGUUAUUACUUUAAGGUACGCCAGAGUAAUGGAUAAAACAUAUCCAAUCGAUUAAGCUGGGAUGACUGUUUCUCCUGCUACCAAUAAAGAAAUGACCAGUGACGGUUUCUUCGUACCGUAGCUUUUAUUGUCAGCCAUGUCGCACUGUGCGCACCUAGAAGUUGCUGCAGGAAGACUCCCAAAUGGGUAAAGCCCAUGUGUUUCUAUUCCACCUGUCGCGCUCUCAGAUAUGUCCGCUUGCUUGUGGGAUUAUAUUGACUGGGAAGUCCUAAACUUUUCCUGAACGAAAUGAGCUAUAUGGCACUCACAGGUUCGAUUUACAUUUGACUGACAAAACAAGCGUUCUAACCACGAAUGCUUGUGAUUCAACAGAACUAACGUUGCUAACACCUGGCCAGCUUUUCACUGAGGACACUUUGAAGUGAGGUGUGUGUGUGUAGUCUUGUAGUAACUUGGCCUACUCUAGGAAAAUCUCAAGGAAAGGAAACACUCAUUGCAAAUGAAGUACAAUAUAUAAGGAGCGAUGCGACUGCUUCUACAGUUUCAACAGCCAUGUUCAUAUUCAGCCUGUAAAUAGUCUGUUUGGUCUGGUCAAGGUUUCACAGCUACAUUGUCGUCAUCUUAUAAAACUAGCUCGAAUGUAAUAAAGUUUGAAUAUUAUGUGUAAACGACAGAAACCAUAUAAAGGCAGCAGUAGCGGUAGGUUAGCUAGCUAUGUUGAGGCAGGUGAAAGACAAACGGACAAACUAACAGUAUUGGCAGAUAUUGUUGUAAACAGUCUGUUGUUGGUAUCAGUGCAUCACUUUUUGCCCGUUCGACUGCUGCAGUGAUUCGCAUCUGACGCAUCUGGGUGCCGAAGUAUUCAAAAGAGUCGUCCAGGGUUGGCAGGUCUGCAAGUAUGGUGUUUGUUUUGAUUGGUGAAAUAUGAAAAUCUUGAAAAUCGCAGCUUCUGCGUUUGAUGAAACGUGCCCCGGUGUUUGUGCAUGUGAUUCUUUCCAAAACAAGCUGCAGAGUUUCACACGUCGGCUCUGGGUUUCAGUUUAUUUCCACAAAAAUCCAUUUACAGACACUUGUAACUUGCCAUUGAUCAACAGAAAAUGAAUCUGCAGUUGAUAGAAACAACCAAAACCAAUCAGAUAUUUUUGUCUCAGAGGUUUUAUAUCCACAAUAUAAUCGUGUCAGCUAAGAAGUAAAAUGAAUUAUUUUUUGUAAUAGUUAAAAAACAAACUGAUGGAGAAAAGCAGUAAAAGGUUUAGACAACAAAAUGAACCUUAUUCAUUAGGAAUAUAAGUAUUGAAUCACUGUGAAUCACAUACAGCUGUUUACACUGAUUUUCACAGCAUUUCAUCCUCCAUAUGUCUUGUACAAAUGGCAGAAUUGACAAUAAAGUUGACUUUGAAUUCA